AUAAAACUACUUUAAAAUCGGUUGUUCCAUGUUUUGGGUGUGGUGUACUUUGUUGAAAUCAACAACUAUAUUGUAAAAAUCUACUAAAAAACAAACCCUAAAACAAAAAUGAUCACUAAACUAUGUGUGUUGAUUGUUCUGUGUUCAAUACCUGCAGCUCUCUCUGUGAGAUGUUACCAAUGCGCAUCGUUUCAAGAUCCGAAAGGAGAAGACAAUUGUGGGGCUUACAAAAGGUUCGACCGAGAUAGUCAUGUAGCCGUGGAGUGUAACAGUGACGAGUCACAUACGCCAGGGUCUUUCUGCAUGAAAUUAACCCAACAGGGUCCAAAAGGAUUCAUAUGGGACGGAAGAUGGCGGCAAGUGAUUCGCCGUUGUGCGUCAGUGGCCGACACAGGUGUCACUGGAGUUUGCAACUGGGGCGUCUACCCGAACGGAGUGUACUGGGAAGAAUGCUAUUGUUCCACAGACGACUGUAACCAUUCCUCAUACAUACAAGCCUCUCUAAUGCUGACUGUGACUGCAAUAGUAUUCACUGUGUAUUCAUACAGCAGCUAAUAAUUCUAAGAUAGUCAUUAGUACUUUAAGUGCCUUAUAUGACUGAAAAAUAACAUUCUGUUCUGUACCGUCCAUACACUUACUGAUAAACAGAUAUCAAUGACCUAUAUGAUCUGUAUACUUAAUAAUUGUUGUGAUUUUGUCACUGGUAAAGUAGCAAUAUCUUCAGUUCACAGUUUACUGUGUAUGAUAUAUUACCAACAUACUUAAUAGAUCACAUCUAAGUCUUAACCAGAAAAACCAUUACCAAAAUAAACAUUAUUUCAGAGAGAUAUUGCCUAAAUCUUUCUGUGAUAGACCAAAAUAUGCGGGUGAAGCUAUGGGCAAAAGCUAGUUUGGGGCCGUUCAAGUAUUACGUAAGCACCAAGGGGGGGUGGGGGGGUCUCUGUUUUGCUUAUUUUGGAUGACAUGGGGGGUAGGGGGGUCUAGAUGAUGAUUACGUCAUCGUUAGUUAUUUCAUCAUUGCAAACGUUGUGAUAGGGAUAGAGACAUGCGAUUAUUGGUUUUACGAAGGUAAUACGAUAGAGAAUAAUACAAAGUAAUAAAAACCACCGGUUAUAGGGGCAUUUUUUGGAGAAAUUUAUUAAAUAACCAAAAAAACACGAAUUUAAAAGCAUUUUUUUUAUCAAAAAGUAUCAUUUUUUAUUAUUUGUUGGCCUUUUUUGUGUAUUUAAUGUAUUUUUUAAUAUCGCCCGUUAUUUAGCAUUAUUACUGUUUUUACUUUAUCAGGAUAUACCGCUUAGUUUAACGGUAAUUACGUUUUCUUUACAAUAAGUAAUUGGAAGAAAAAAAAACUAUAAAAAAUUAAAAAAAUAUAUAUCAAUAAUUUUUUGACCUCUUUUUUGUCGAUAAAAAUAGGUCUAGUUUCAUCUAUUUUUAUAUCUACACUUUAACGUGACUCACACUGUAUAAAAAACAUUUAUAACUAAAAAUGUUUAUGUAAGCAUAGGGGGAGGGGGUAAGUGCUUUGCUUACUUUUGAUGACAACGGGGGCGGCGGGGUAAAAAAUGGUAAGAAAUCUGCUUACGUAAUACUUGAACGGCCCCUUUGUGUUUAGGUGUGUUGGUAAUAACAACUGUGUUACUGUUUUAGCACUGAAGAUAAUAUCCCAACAAUUGGUUACUAUUUACACCUUACAAUAAUAAGCUCAAGUGUGAAGACAUAGUAAUUGGUACAAAUUGUACCAAAAGUCUGAUUGAGAAUCUCAAUUUUGUAUGUUAUUUUUCACUUAGUGUAUUAUGUAAAUAAUAGUUUUCUGAUCUUGUUACAAUCUCUUAGCCUUUUGAUAUUUAGAUGAACUGAAAAGUUAUUUUGGUUUAGACUUAACCAUUAUAUUUUUGUGAAAAAUGAUUUAUUUAAGUCCUAUCUCUCUAAUAUUUAGACUUAUUGUUUUCUUAGUGCAAUGAAACAUUCCUUCUUAAAGUCGAAAGUCAAAAUUUCUUUAUUUGUAUACAGGGUGUCAGGUAAAUGGGUAUAUGAGCCGACACUAGCCCAUGUUAACAUGCAUAUAAAUGGUAUGCUGAAGUCAGAAAUUUGAUAUCAUCAUUUUAAUUUUUUAAAUGUUCAUACAAAAUAAAAUUUUAAGAAUCUGAUUUGUAUGAAAAUUAAAAUAAUUAAAAUGAUGAUAUCAAUUUUCUGACUUCACCAUACCAUUUAUAUGCAUAAUAAUUAUGUUAACAUGGGCUAGUGUCGGCUCAUAUACCCAUUUACCUAACACCCUGUAGAUAGACUAUUUAAAUAGUACUUACAAAGCGUCAAAUAUUUUGCUCUUGCCAAAUACAUUCCAUAACCCUACGGGAGUUCACAAAGAUCAUCCGACCGGACUUCGCAAUUACCCAAGUGUUAACCAACCACGGAUAUCACAAAAGCUACUUAAAACGUUUCCACAUCGUCGCAGAUGACCACUGUCCUUGUGACGACCAAACGCCACAAACAUGGGAACAUCUUCUUACACAAUGCCCUAGAUUCGUCACACAACGCCACAUCCAUGAAACCACUUCUCGCUUGCUUAACGUAAAUCCUUACAAUCUAAUAGAUAUAACCAAAAAAGAAGAAACUACCAAUAGCUUUAAAAUAUACAUAACCUAUAUAGUAAACAGCCUGAAAGAUUUUAAUAAAUGAACACCCACAAAAUCUCCAUCUAAAACACCGCAUUGCAAUUGGAGUAAACCGUUAGCACCAGUUGCAAGUGCAUUUCAGUAGCACUAAUAUAAAAAAAAAAAAUACAUUCCAUAUUCAGGUUAAAAGUUAAAGUUUUGGAAAAUGAGUAUUUAAUAUUAAUUAUUAUUGCAAUGAUACCUUCACGAUUUUCUGCAAAGAAGAACUUGACAGACAUACAACUUAAUUUAUAUUAUGUUUCUUGUUACUAACAUUUAUUUUUAAAUAUUUUUCAACAAGGACUGUCAUAUUUUGUUAUAUUUAUCGAUAAUGCACAAUAAUAUGGAAUAGAUAGAUAGAAAGUAUUUAUUUAUAAUAAUGAUUAUGUAUUUAUAAUCAGUAUGUAUUUAUAAUAAUGAUUAUGAUCCUAGUUUUAAAUGUAUUUCACAUUAUGGUAACUCAACCAAUGAUUGACUGAUAGAUAUUGCAUUUUGGUAUCUAAAUAGACCUUGUUAUCAAACUGAUCCGUUAUUUUUUAAGUUUUAAGUUUUUAGUCUCCAUUUUCAAAUUAAAUGACGUAGCACAUUUGGGACUUCCGAGUUGAUAAGUCUGCUUUGACCUUAACAUGGAAUCAUAAUUAGGGAUUAAAUAUAUAAUGUAUAUUAGUAUAAUUACUAUUAUUAUAAACAUAAGUAGUGCCUGUGAAAUGAAAUAUGACGCCGUCCGUUUUGUAAGUUUUGUCAAUUGAAAUAAAAUCUAUUUACUAUGAAUAA